CCAGGUGCUAUUAGAGGCCUGCUUUUCUCAUGAGAGGAUCAGGCAGCAGCGAGGGGAAGAAUGAGGAGUUGCGUCUUUAUCACCAUCUCUUCGACAACUAUGACCGAGAAAGCAGGCCAGUGAGGGAGCCUGAGGAUACAGUCACCAUCACCCUCAAGGUCACCCUGACGAACCUUAUCUCACUGAAUGAGAAAGAGGAGACUCUCACGACUAGUGUCUGGAUUGGAAUCGAUUGGCAAGAUUACCGACUCAACUACAGCAAGGACGACUUUGGGGGCAUUGAAACCCUGUGGGUCCCUUCAGAACUCGUAUGGCUACCGGGGAUUGUGCUGGAAAACAAUAUUGAUGGCCAGUUCGACGUGGCCUACUACGCCAACGUGCUGGUCUACGAGGGCGGCUCCGUGACCUGGUUACCCCCGGCCAUCUACCGCAGUACCUGCACCGUGGUGGUCACCUACUUUCCCUUCGACUGGCAGAACUGCUCGCUCAUUUUCCGCUCGCAGACGUACAAUGCCAAAGAGGUGGAGUUCACCUUUGCCGUGGACGACAACGGAGAGCCCAUCAGCAAGAUCGAUAUCGACACUGAGGCCUUUACUGAGAACGGCGAGUGGGCCAUUGACUUCUGCCCCGGAGUGAUCCGCCACCACGACAGUAGCUCUGCUGACAGCCCUGGGGAAACCGACGUCAUCUACACGCUCAUCAUCCGCCGGAAGCCUCUCUUCUACGUCAUUAACAUCAUCGUGCCCUGCGUGCUCAUCUCGGGCCUAGUGCUGCUCGCCUACUUCCUGCCGGCGCAGGCCGGCGGCCAGAAAUGCACUGUCUCCAUCAACGUCCUGCUCGCCCAGACCGUCUUCUUGUUCCUAAUAGCCCAGAAAAUCCCAGAGACGUCUCUGAGCGUGCCGCUGCUUGGCAGGUACCUUAUUUUCGUCAUGGUGGUUGCCACGCUCAUUGUCAUGAAUUGCGUUAUCGUGCUCAACGUGUCUCUGCGGACGCCCACCACUCACGCCAUGUCCUCGCGGCUGCGCCACGUUUUCUUGGAGCUGCUGCCGCGCGUCCUGGGCUCCGGGUCGCCCCCCGAGGGCCCCCGAGCCGCCUCGCCCCCAAGGCGGGCUUCAUCAGUGGGUUUAUUGCUCCGCGCGGAGGAGCUCAUACUGAAAAAGCCGCGGAGCGAACUCGUGUUUGAGGGGCAGAGACACCGGCACGGGACCUGGACCGGUGAGCACAGUGGACCCGACAGGCCAACAGGGGCACCUGCAGCGGGGGAGGCUCCUCAUGACCCAUCCCCGGCUUCGCCCCUGCCAGCUGCCCUCUGCCAGAGCCUGGGCGCCGCUGCCCCAGAGAUCCGCUGCUGUGUGGAUGCCGUGAACUUCGUGGCCGAGAGCAUGCGAGACCAGGAGGCCGCCGGCGAGGAGGUGUCCGACUGGGUGCGCAUGGGGAAGGCCCUUGACAACAUCUGCUUCUGGGCCGCACUGGUGCUCUUCAGCGUGGGCUCCAGCCUCAUCUUCCUUGGGGGCUACUUCAACCAAGUGCCGGAUCUCCCCUACCCACCCUGUAUCUAACCUGAGCCCGCACCAACUUCAAUUUCUCCACCCAUUUCCAGUAGGAAGUAGAUUCUGAAAAAAGCUGCUGCCACCACUGUAUUACGCUCCUUUUCCACUGCUGACAAAUCUGUAUGUUGUGAUCUUCCCAAGAGCAAUGGUAUGGGCUCAUGUGCAUAGGUCUGGCCCUAGGCCAGAGGUCAACGAGAGGGCAGAUGGUGCAGGUGGGCUCUUGGGUAACAAUCCUAUGGAAAGCAAGGAUUGCCCUCCUCAGGCACAGCCCCAGCCCCAGCCCCAGGUGACUCUGGAGCCUGUGAGCGUCUAAGCUACUUUGUCCUUUUGAUAGCCAGAGAGGAUAGACCUCUUUGCGGGGAUUGCACACAGGGAGCCUGGAGCGAGGAAGCCUUGUCAUUCUCUGGCCUGGCCCUGCUGGGGUGAGUGGGGACCAAAUACCCUCAGUGCAGGUGGUCUUCAGGCCCAAACGUUUAGGGCUGAGGAUGCCCUGGCCCUCCCGCAGUCAUUUCUUCCAGGUUUUCUUGGCCCAGCACUGCCCACCCCACUCCACCCCCAUUAAGACUCACUCAUUGCAGAUCCCACCCUACCCUGCCCCUUUCAUCCCAACUCUGCAAGCUGUCUCUGGCUAGUAUCUAGGAUUGUGAGAGGAAACA